AUGGAUUGCUGCUCUGAAGAGCUGCAGCCACUUUCGGAUGAAACUGGCACUCCAGUGGAGUUAAAGAAGGGAAUGUCGAUAUUUUUAGAUAUCUUGAGAAGAGCAGAUAAAAAUGAUGAUGGGAAGCUGUCUUUUGAAGAGUUUAAGGCUUAUUUCUCAGAUGGAGUUCUAUCGGGAGAUGAACUGAAGGAGCUCUUCCAUAAGAUUGAUACUCAUAAUACAGACAAUGUGGACACAGAAGAGCUGUGUGAAUAUUUCUCUCAGCAUCUUGGAGAAUAUGAAAAUGUUCUUGCUGCCUUAGAGGACUUGAACGUCUCUAUAUUGAAGGCGAUGGACAAAACCAAAAAGGAUUACCAGGAGGCCACACACUUGGAGCAGUUUGUGACUCGGUUUCUGCUGAAGGAGACGACGAGCCAGCUGCAUUCUCUUCAGAGCUCGCUGGAAUGUGCCGUGGAGACCACAGCUGAGCAGACACGGCAGGAAAGGCAGGCGCCCGUGAAGCCGGAGGUGCUGUCGAUUCAAUGGUCAGGAAGGCGAUCCAAUCGAAGACUCCAACGGAAUAACAGCUUGUCUCCAAACAACCCACUUCUUAGCCUCGUCAGUUCAGGUGUGUAUGAGGAGGACAGUCAGUGGAUCACUCAGGUAAACAGACUGCAGAAGCUGAUCGAUCGCCUCGAGAAGAAGGAGCUGCGUCUUGAGCCGGUAGAAGAGGAGGUCUCAGAAGGCUCCACUAAAUCGCACAUUCUGAUGGUGCAGAGGCAGCUGUCCGUGAUGGAGGACGAGCUGGAGGAGUUCCGCUUGGCUUUGCGUCAGUAUGUUGAUUGUGCCAGUGUCCAGACAGGCAGCCUCCAUGUUGCAGUUCAGCGGAUUGCUAAUGAGUCUCGCUUCAUACUCUAUGAGUUCUGGGAGCACACCAGUUUGUGGAAGAAUCAUCUGCAGACAAACUACAGCAAAACCUUCCAGAGGGCCAAUGUGGAUUUCUUGGAGACGCCAGAGAUUACGACAACUAUGCUGGUACCAGCAUCAUGGUGGGUCCUGAACAACAAUUAG